UACCCUAACCUAACACUAAUCUAACCUAACCAUUACCUCACAGCACCUCUACUAUCCAACACCGUGGGGGACGAGGUGGGACGUGAGGACUACCCGUCGGCUCAGCUCCUCGCCCUCAUCCUGGAACUACUGGCCUUCUGCGUCGAGCACCACACCUACCACAUCAAAAACUACAUAGUCCAGCGAGAUCUGCUCAAACGAAUUCUUGUCCUAAUGAAAACCAAACACACAUUCCUCGUACUUAGUGCUCUCCGGUUUAUGAGAAAGAUCAUCGGUCUCCGCGACGACUUCUACAACCGCCACAUCGUCAACUCCAACCUGUUCGCCCCGGUCGUUGACGCAUUUGUCCGCAACAACGGUCGUUACAACCUCCUGGACUCUGCCAUCAUUGAGAUGUUUGAAUACAUUAAAGUGGAGGACAUAAAGGCGUUGUGGGUGAGCGUGGUGGAAAAGUUCGGAGAGGUGCUCGCCCAGGUAGACUACGUACAAACCUUCCACGCUCUGCGCAUGCGUUACGAACAACACCAGGACCGGCUCAAAGACAGAGACAGGGCCGCGUCCCUUGAUGGGUGUGAAAACGGACCAGCUACACCUGAAACUAAAGAUGAAGAGAGUUUGGACAGCAAGCUGGGGAGUGUUGUGAGAGGCGCCCGGUACAGAAGAGACGUGAGAGAUCUGGACGAGGAGGAGGAAAUGUGGUUCAACAACGACGAGGAAGAGAUCGACGAGACAGAACCCUUACUGGCAUCCAGAGACACGACCUUGGCGCCCGUUGACAAAGUUGACAAGGAGAAUGGGAACGGGAAGAUGACGGCAGCGACUGGUAAACAAAGCCUCCUGCUGAACAACGGCAACAAAGAGAAUAACAACACCGCCAGCACAUUGUCUCCUGAGAGCAACAAAUCGCCCGUCCCUGCCCGCAAGAAGGUGAGUCUUGUGGCUUAUGACGAAAAUUCUGAUGAAGAAGAAGACGAAGAAGAGGAGGAGGAAGUUGGGGAGGAAGAUCAGGAGGAGGAGGAAGAGGAGGAGGAUGGUAAUAUUCCGUCUGCCAAGAGACCACGAUUAAGCAGCGAUUGAGGGCGUACGAGCGGCUGAAUCGGCAGUCUGUAAACUAUGGGUUUGGCCGUGGUGCAGUGGGCAGGGUCAUGGGCGACUAUCACCCACCCCAGGAGGCAGGCACCGCCGCCGGCCCAUCCAAGCUGCACCCACUGCCCACCCGCCCACCUCGUGUACAUAACCCGCACAAUGCCUCACAUCCACGUGUACAAAUCCUUCUGUAUAUGUGAGCCAGCAGCAGCUCUGGGCCCCACUGGACCCGUGCCACCGUGACCAAGAAAUAAUGGACAUUUUAAUGGAAUAUUUUUAUAUAGUGUAAAAUUGUUAUUGACAGUGUUAGUACUAGUGUGUGUGUGCUGAGGGCCUAGAGACGGUAGUGAGGCCAGACAUUAAAGGGAGCAAGAUUGCACGGACUCUACCCUCUCUCUCACUGCCCCGCGACGUCCCGUUGCCGCGAAGGCCCCCGCGUGGCGACCCCCUCCCCCGAGAGAGACCGGCGGGUGCAUCGCUCGGAGGCACGGCGGGGCUGCUCCUCCGUGACUCGCGCGAUCAGCAGCUAAGAUAAUCUCAGUAUUGUGUCUCGCAAGUUUUAGUACCUGUCGUCUUGCAAGAAAGAGUCCAAGAACGCGUACGGUAGUGGGCGAGGACGCACGCGGGGGGGCGAGCCGGGCGUGCGGACAAGAUGGCUGGCAACACCGGUAGAUGGCAACACAGAAAUGCAUUUACAAUCAUCACAGAAUGUUGUCAUCAACCAUCUCAUUCAUCAUUACACUUCAUGCUCUUUAUCAUCUCUACUCUACUGUCUUGAGAGAACAUUCACAUCUUAAAGACCAUCAUUAUGGCCCUUCAUGAGGACAUGUAGGGACCACUUAUCUCUCUCUCUCUCACACGUGCCACGACUUUACCUUCUUUAUCCAGGGUUCAGUUAACCACAACACCAGAUGUACAGUUUGUCUGAGCUGGUAGAGCGGUGCUGUACGUCCAUGACAGGUGCCGUCACCGUCAAAAGUCAAGCCAUAUUUAUACAUUUGUUGACCUACACCUUGAAAUACAGUACAGGUACAGAGAAACAGUACAGUGUUGUGACUUGUUACCUGGGCUACAGACAUAGUAGUGUGUUAAGAACUUGCUCUUGUAAAAGUUAGUGACCUGUAAUCAGAGGUAACUAUUAUCAGGCUAUAGCUCGUGUGAGAUCUUCCUGGAAAAUGAAAACACUCGGAGAGAUUUCUUCCAUUUCUCUUGACUCAGCUCGUUGACUGAUGAUCGCACACGUAGAGCUCGACGAUAGGUAGACCAUGCC